AUGUCUAAUGUAGCCCAGAGUUCACGCCUUUUGGUUUCAAAUAAUUUCUAUGCUACUUCUCUCAAAAAUGGUACAAAACAACAAAGAAAACAAAAACAGAAACAAACUUCACAUUCACUGGUGAACUGUGAGGAGUUCGCCGAGUUCCAGGAAUUACUCAAGGUGAUGAGGACGAUUGAUGACAGAAUAGUACAUGAAUUAAACACUACGGUUCCAACAGCUUCCUUUGCAGGGAAAAUUGAUGCCAGCCAAAACUGUAAACAACUUUAUGAGUCUUUGAUGGCGGCUCAUGCCAGUAGGGACCGAGUCAUAAAAAACUGUAUAGCUCAGACCUCAUCAGCAGUAAAACAGCUCCGAGAAGAGAGAGAAAAGAAUUUGGACAAUUUAACAUUAUUAAAGCAACUUAGAAAAGAACAGACAAAGUUGAAAUGGAUGCAGUCAGAACUGAAUGUUGAAGAAGUGGUAAAUGACAGGAGCUGGAAGGUGUUUAAUGAACGCUGCCGAAUUCACUUCAAGCCUCCAAAGAAUGAAUAAAAAGAUACUUUUUUUUAAAAAAAGGACCGGGUCAUCUCAUAAGAGUUAAGCAUGACAGACAUCAACAUGGUGGGCUUCCCAGGAAGAUUUCUGAGCCAACAGUCCAAGACCUUUUGUUGAUUUCAGCCCCACUUACCCAAGACCUCAAGUAUAAAUAAUUCUGAUAAUUAUGGAGAAAUCAACUGCUAUUUUAUACUGAUUCUGUAAAAAAAAAAAAAAAAAUAUUUUGUAACUAUUAAAAUAAUUUUCUGACUCA